GGCCAAUAAAAGCGCGCUCCCCUCGAGGAGAUAAGUGUUUGACAUCAAGGUACGUUUCGGGGCUGGCCCACGACCCCCCAUAGACCUUGUGGGCUGCUCGGAGGAUGCUUAGGCUGCCUGUUCCUUAAACGCAUUGCUUGUUAAUAAGUGAUACAUUGCACCCAGUUUUGAGCUUCUGUUGAUCGUAUUGUCACUGUGUGGACACUCAAGAAUUCAGUAUCUAUCCAACAUGCUAUCGUUACUGCUUACAGUAUUGACGGCAAAUGCUGUCUCAAUCCCCGACGCAUUCAACCCCCAAAACGCCCUGAAAGGUCUUAAAGACUUCACUGAAAACUGGACCAACGAAGUAAAGAAAUGCCCUGCUGAUAUACCAUUCACAUGCACCAAUGAUACCGUCAUUAGCGACUCGUGCUGUUUCGAAUAUCCGGGAGGAGUGCUUUUGCAAACACAGUUUUGGGAUUACUACCCUGCUGUUGGACCAGAUGACAUGUUCACUCUUCAUGGAUUAUGGCCAGAUAGGUGUGACGGCCAGUACGACCAAUUUUGUGAUCCUUCCCGGGAGAUCCACAGUGCAAAAUCAAUUCUUGAGUCUUUUGGCGAAACGGAGCUUCUGAAUAAGAUGUCCAGAGUGUGGAAAAACUUCAAUGGAAAUGACGAGUCUCUUUGGGUACAUGAAUUUAACAAACACGGAACAUGCAUGACCACAAUAAAGGAAUCUUGUUAUUCGGCAGAUACCAAACCCAAUCAGAAUAUUGUUGACUUUUACAAAAAAUCAGUUGAGCUUUUCGAAGGGUUGCCAACCUAUGAGUGGUUGGCAGCUAACGGAAUUGUGCCAUCAAACGAACAAACAUACACCAAACAACAGAUUGAAGAUACCCUCAGAGCUAGAUUUGGGCAACCUGUUUUUAUCAAAUGUAACAGGUACCAAGCGAUUCAAGAAGUCUGGUACUUCCAUCACUUACGUGGGUCAAUUGUAGAUGGGUUUUAUCAACCUAUUGCUGCAUUACUCGAAUCUCAAUGUCCUGAGAAUGGCAUCAAGUUCAUUCCAAAGAAAGGAUUUGCACCCCCAAAGCCAACUCAUACUGAUCCUUCGAGUCCUGUUCCAACCGGGAAAGUCUUACAUGGUUACUUGAAACCAGAAAACCAACCGGGAUGUGUUAUUAGUAAUGGAAAAUGGUAUUCUUCCGGAACGUGUGCAAAAUUUACUUUAAGCAAGGCCGAGUUCGGUGGUUACAAUAUCAAAUCCUCAAAAGGAUACUGUAAGAUUGGCACUGAAGGAUUUUUGCUAUGUGGCGCAGGAGUUAGUCCAAUGCAGUUUGCUUAUGACAGAGAAAAAGGACUUGUUACGUUCGGCGGUAAGAAUAAAUGGAGCGCUGAUAAGGUUCCACAACGGUUCACCCAGAUCCCUAUUUCCCCUGGUUAUGAUGGUCCAAUCACUUUCCAUUUAAAAUUAGUUUCCCAGUGAAAUAUUCUACCUUAUUGAAUACAAAAAGGGUGAUGGGACGUCAAUAUAGAUUAUCGAUUUUAUUUUUGUAGCCUGUUCUCAGUGCAUAAAAGUUUACUUAGUGUUCCCGGUUUACAAGAGAAACACAGUAC